GUUCGGGAGGUCGUUGGCCACGAGUACGGAGAAGGCUUCAUUCUGCAAUGCUUGCUGCACUACGGUGGCUCCGUCCCUUCAGUUGUGGGUGCCAUCUUCGACGGCUCCCUACCUCCACAGCUCACGGCCUUACCUACAAACCUGCCCAUAGGAGCCGAGCCAGCAGCCGUCGUCACUGCGAAAGUAGAGGCCGGGCUGUCGGCUGAGGACAAGAAGCUCGUGCUGGGGCAGGCUGAUCGCAUAGAGCACCAGCCUGCGGAUGCCGAGAGCGAGGCGGAGGAGAAGUACAACGAUGAUUUUGACGACGAAGAGGCCGUGGAGAUGCCGAGACUUGCUGCCGGCGUUGCCUCGGAUUGGGAGGAUGGGAAGGACACCAAGUCUGACGAGGAGGAGGAGAACAGCAGCGACGAGGGCCAGCAGCAGUGGAGCAACAACAGGAUGCGCGGUGGCCGGGUCAAGGGCAAGGGCAAAGGCAAGGGCAAAAGCUCGCAGCCCGUUCAGGGUCAAACCUUUGCCGCUCGGCGGAAGGAAGCCAACAAGGCGCAGGUUGCGAACCACAACAGACGCGAUGGGGCCAUGCGCAAGAUGGCGCGUGGCAUGUAA